AAACGAGAAUAUCAGUUCUAUAUUUGAACGCAUUUUUUUAGGUGCAGUGUCUUUCCCAAUAUUAACGUAUUUUUCUUUUGUUUCAGAGGGGCGUUUUCAGUGGUGCGAAGAUGUGUUCAAAAGUCGACUGGUCUAGAAUUCGCAGCAAAAAUUAUAAAUACAAAAAAAUUAUCAGCAAGAGAUUUCCAAAAAUUAGAAAGAGAAGCACGGAUAUGUCGGAAGCUACAACAUCCAAACAUAGUUACCAACCCUGAGGUGCUCAAGCAUUUAGUCCGAUUACACGAUAGUAUCCAAGAGGAAAAUUUCCAUUAUUUAGUGUUCGAUUUGGUAACGGGAGGUGAAUUAUUCGAAGAUAUCGUAGCCAGAGAAUUUUAUUCAGAAGCGGAUGCGUCACAUUGUAUACAACAAAUUUUAGAAUCAGUAAAUCAUUGCCAUCAAAACGGUGUAGUACAUAGGGAUCUCAAGCCUGAAAACCUGCUGUUAGCUAGCAAACAGAAAGGUGCAGCCGUCAAGUUGGCGGACUUCGGCCUGGCCAUCGAAGUCCAGGGGGAGCAACAGGCGUGGUUCGGUUUCGCAGGCACGCCCGGGUACCUGUCGCCCGAAGUGCUGAAGAAGGAACCUUAUGGAAAGCCGGUGGACAUUUGGGCGUGCGGAGUCAUCCUCUACAUCCUGCUUGUGGGGUAUCCGCCGUUUUGGGAUGAGGACCAGCAUCGGUUGUACGCGCAGAUCAAAGCCGGAGCUUACGAUUAUCCGAGUCCGGAAUGGGACACAGUAACGCCAGAGGCGAAAAAUCUCAUCAACCAGAUGCUUACAGUGAAUCCUGGAAAGAGGAUCACAGCGGCUGAGGCAUUGAAACACCCCUGGAUCUGCCAACGCGAACGUGUGGCGUCUGUGGUUCACAGGCAAGAGACCGUCGACUGCUUGAAGAAAUUCAACGCCAGGCGCAAACUGAAGGGAGCCAUCCUCACGACGAUGCUCGCCACGCGUAACUUCUCAAGUAGAAGUAUAAUAGUGAAAAAAGGCGACGGAUCCCAAGUGAAAGAAUCCACGGACAGUUCCACUACAUUAGAAGACGACGACAUCAAAGCUAAACGACAAGAGAUCAUCAAGAUGACUGAGCAACUGAUAGAGGCGAUCAACACUGGAGAUUUUGAGGCUUAUACGAAAAUAUGUGAUCCACACCUGACAGCAUUUGAGCCGGAAGCUAUGGGUAACCUAGUAGAAGGGAUGGACUUCCAUAAGUUUUAUUUUGAUAACGUGCUGGGCAAGAAUUGUAAAGCAGUAAACACGACGAUUUUGAAUCCGCACGUACAUUUAUUAGGGGAUGAUGCCGCCUGUAUCGCCUACGUACGGUUAACGCAGUACAUGGACAAACACGGCCAGGCGCACACCCACCAAUCCGAGGAGUCCCGCGUUUGGCACAAGCGUGACAACAAGUGGCAGAACGUGCAUUUCCACCGUAGCGGUAGCAACGGCGGCGGUGGAGCGGCGUUUGGAUUCAGCGGCACACACAAGUAGGCCGUGACGGGCUGUCGUUGCGCUUGCGCGGGCGCGAGGUCCACUGGCACGGCGGACUGACCUUGAGAUUAGAGCUGUGGUGCGAGCGUGCUCGGUAGGGAGGUUUGGUCGCUGUAGUUGCGCUGCGUUGCCAAGAUGGGAGAUAUUUUGCUGGAUUUAGGGAUUUUUGCAACGCCCUUGAGAAUGAAGCAAUGUUUAUAUACUAUCAAGAAAAAGUAAAGGAGCAAGAAAAAAUUUUUUGGGGAAUUCAAAGCAGUAUGCGAAUUUCCGAUGGUUAGGUUUUAGUUUCCCUUUUGAAAAAUCAGAAAUAAUGUUGGAUUUUCUUUCUCAGUGACACAACAAAUGUUUCGUAGAGCAAUUGAACUGGGUAUACCUACAAGUGACCAAUCCUUUCACCGCAUAGCAUAUUUUUGAACUACGAUUUACUGUGGAAAUUUCUAUUGUGGUGAUGUGUGAUUCUAUUUUUUACGUUUCUCAUUUGUAUUUUACGUCUCAAUGAUUAUAUACUAUGUAUCUAUAUGUAAAUGUUAAGUUGUCCAAGGUCUCCCGACUCGGGUCACCGGUUCACAAGUAGGAAUUUUGCUAGUGAUUACACUCUGCUCGGUAAAAUUUAAGAAAGAUUCAAUCAGUCUAUAGAUUUAUGAGAAUAUGUCAUCUGAAAGAGAUAUUGAAGGCUGUUUUUUCAAUUUUGUCGUACAGCGUAAGUGUCUGCUACCCCCUUGUAUUGCAUUCUAGCUAGCGUGUCUGCUAUGAAUCAGUACACAACCAGUUAGGUCAAAAUUGAUACAGAUUUAGGUGGAGCAGCCCUCAUACACAGCUAGAGAGUUCUCCAAUUCGAGUCGGGGUUGGGAUCAUUGUGGUAUAAUCAGCUACCAAGAUUCCUGCGAUUUAGCGUAAACGAUUUUCGACUUAUUUGUUAAAGAGCACUGUUCUUAUGAAUGAUAUAUCCCUAAAAAUGUUGUUGUGCAUCAUACUCUAUCAUCUAUUCAGCAGACUUGUACAUAAAACGUUUGCUUGGACAUUAUGUAUAAAAAGUAUAGAUGUCGGCAAAAUCAGAUUUAUGCAUUCUAAUCGGUCUUUUGCAUAUUUCAUAGUUUUUAAAUAUUAUAGAAGGUAUUUAAUAUAUACAUAUUGAACAUUUUUCAAGUCCCAAGGCCUCUACUACAGCUACAGGCCGUUUUAGAUCGAUUGAUAGUAAUACAACUUAUGGUCUCGAUUGAAAUUUUCCUUCAGAUAUCAUCGUGCGAUCGAAAACGCCUAGCUUUUUCUGUAAUUUGCUGAGGUUUUUGCGGACUAAAUUCUCUAAAAAGGAAUGCCUUUUUCUCAAAGUCUGGCUCUUCAAAAUCAGUAUCAAGCAUGGAGACCUAGGGCCGUAUCGUCGGUCGUUCCUGCAAUAAUUGUCAGCUUGACAUUGCUUAGGAUCCAAAAGGAAAACAUAACCUCAAAAUAGAGCGCUGACUCGGAACAGUAGACAUCUAGAAAUACCCCUGCCUUUCUGAAGGACAGAAGAAGAUUGUGGAAAUCCAGGAGGUCAUAAACGGCGUCCUACAGUUGCAGGAACGACUGACGAUACGGCCCUGAGUCUUAAUUAAAGGAGGUGGUAAGAUAUACUAGCUAUAUACAUAUAUUUGAAAUAUACAGAAAACGUCGUACUUUUAUCAAUGUUUUUGUAUAUUUUUUAACCUCCAGAGUAUAGUUAGCAAAAUAUACAAGUAAGAAUUAAGAACUAAUUCAUUUCGAGAGCGUCGGCGAGAAUCCUGCUCUAAGCGUAGUUGUGAUUCACCUUCGUUCUAAAAGAUUGAGCAUCUUCCAAGACCUUACAAUAAUCAUCCGUUACUGUACAGUGAAAUCCAGCUUAUCCCGUACUUUAAAGGACGCAAGUUUUUCGAUUUCAAUGCAAAGUUAGCACUUUAAAAUGUAACAACAGCGUGAAGCGGCCAUUAACUUCCGGAAAAUUGCCAAUAAAAAACAAACAAAUAAAUCCCGCUGAACAUAGUGAUCUCUUAGGGCACUACUGACGUACGCCGACCAACGAAAAUGACGUCAAUAUGACGAUCUAAUGACACACCCAAUUGACGUCAUAGUAUGUCGUACACAAGACGUCUUGUUAUCGUCCAAAAAAUAGCGUCAUUUUUUAGUCAAUGACGUUUCCGACCAAAAGUGACCGUAUAAUGACGUCAUCGUGGCGUCAUGCUGCUGAGCUCCCAGCGCCAUCUAUGACACAGUAGAAGAACCAAACGCUAUCUCCUCUCAAAGCAGAGGCUUCUAAAUUUGUUUUUGCUAAAUUAACGGAACUUAAUCGCCGCACCACGUAUAUCUCCUUUGAAUAAGGCAAAUUUAAACUUAAAUUACCUUUAUAAUAGAUCAUAACUGUUUGUAUGAACAAUUCACCGAAUAUGCACCGUUUAUCCUAACACCCGAAAUAAAUACUUUUGUAUUCGCCAAUUGUUAUUUUGCUCUUAUAGAGCAACCUUGAAGUUUGGUCGAAUACGUUAUAAUUUGUAAUGAUCAUUUUCAAGUGCAAGAUUAUGGGUUAUCGCACUUCGUUUUAGUUUGUUUGGCAUUUAGUUGUUUCAGCCGAAGAAUUCGAUUGAAUCAGAAGGAGCUAAGCCAAAGUUCAGCUUAAACUGAAACUGUCUGGAACAUCAGGAACGUAUGGAACCCACGCACUUUUAUACGACUUUGCAGAAAAUUAGCAAUUUAAUGUCAACAAUAGUCAAACUAUCGUAUGCUUACUCCUUCUGCCUAGACCGAAUCCGUUGGUUUGAACAAUACACUUUGCUUGAGCGACUUUUUUUAUUGGAUUAUCAAAAUGAUAGUUACAAAAUAGCUGAAAGCAAAGUAUGUUGCAACCAAAUGAGAACAAAGUUGUUUGGACAUAUGUAAGUAUAUAUUACUUCCAAUUGACUGUUUAAUAUAAAUAUUACAUGUUUUAGCUCUCUUGGUAAAACUAAUGUGUAAUCACUAUGUAUAACUGAAUUUUACCGUUUUAUGUCUUUCUUGUAAUUUGAUAUUUUUCCCUUACUAUGUGUUUCUGUGUACAUUAAAUAACGAACGUAGAUAAUCCCGAUGAUGAAAAUAAAAUCAGCAUUAUAAUAUAAGAGCCAACGAUUCAAAACGAAAAAAAUAUUACAUACAAAAAAUAUCAAAUUACCGCUUCUCCAAUGUAUCGCUGCGACAUUAUCGAAUUUAAAAGAUAAAUUAUUGACUACAUGUUUAGAUGAUAGGAUCUUUUUUUAGUGAAUUUGUAGCUAAAAGUGAAUUGACUAAAAUUGAGCAUCAUAUUUUUGGGCCUAAAUAUUUUUUUUUUGUCAAAAAUGUUCUCUGCGUUUAUAUCUUCUGAAAUAAUAAAAACAGAGAUUAUACGAGGCUUGUUCCAUGAAUCAGGUACCCACAUUUUUUCAGGCACAAGGAAUUUUUUAUUUGAAAAAACGAAUUCACCAUUGGAAACGUUGCUAGUCGCCAUUUUUCCUACGCAUUUUUUUAGACGUGAAAUCACUCUGUAUCUUGAAAACUUUUAAACAGUAGUAUUAGAUAAAGUUUAAAUAGAAAGCUUUCUGCAAUCGAAAACACGUAUUUUUUAGUAAAAAAUGUCAUUUACGGAUUUUAAAGAUAUAAACGCAACGAGACCCUCACCUUAAAUCUUCACACGUAGUUUUAGCGUUACAUAGCCCACUUUUAGUAGAGAUAUAUGUACAAAAUGCUGAUUGUUUUUGUACUUAAGUUGUUUCUCGUUUUACGCCAUAUUUUCAUGGUGCAGAUUUUAAUGUUGUUGAUUUAAUUUUAGUAUAACUGUAAGAUGUGUUCUAAAGGUACUACCUUAGUACGCAUCAUCGUCUUUCUGUCCUCUACCAAUCACCAAAGUAUAGGAAAUGUGUUUUUCAAGUUACCAUUCUAAUAAAUCGAACAACAAAGGUAUGUUUUUAACCCGCAGAGUAUCAGGCUGAUAUUCUGUGAUCGUGUAAGGUGUUUUGUCUGAAGAUAUCUUCUUCAUUAUUUUAGUGAUGCACAAAACGGUAUCAGCAUGUAUUUUGCUUGCGUUUGUGUAGGUGAUUCACUCACGAAAUAAAGAAAUCUUGACACUACCUACUUUGCACAUUUUAAAAACAUACUUUAUGUAAUUUUUUUCUUAUUAAAAUAGGUCAAGCUAUUUAAACAGAAAUACUUUAUAAACUAUGUGUUGAAGUCAUAGUUUUAACGUUCUGUGCAAUAUAUUCAAGUACUUGUAAAUUUUUCCAUAUUUGCUCAUUUUAUGUUUCUGUGUAUAGUCGUGUUGAAUAAAAAAUUUUCAUUAUAUGAUAUAGAACCGAUUUGUUGAUUGUUUAAGUGCCAUUUUAUAUAUUUCAAGUUUAUAUUUUUAUUUAUUUUUAUUACUAAGUGUUGAGGUAUUUAAAAUAUUGUAAAUACAGAUACAAAGUUUGCUUCUAUCAAUCUGAUAUGUACUGUAUGUUUUACCUUUACAAUCAAGUGUUUCAGUAAAACAACUUUUAUGGAAAAUUAAACUGAAAGUGUUUACCACUUGUUUCAUUACGCCAAACCGAAAUAAAUAAUGAAUUUCAGCUCGAUUGGUUAAGGUUGAUUCAGUUUCAGGAUUUGUCCCACAUACGCAUACUAAUGAAAACGUUUAUAAACUACAAUUUGGACAGCGAGCCGAAAAAUAGCGAGAGAAAGUGGCUCGCCAGCAUUUCUCUAAUAUUUACCUUAUUCACAGUUUUUUAAAU